AUGCCGACGCCCUGUUAUUCACCGGCAUGUCCAUCGAACUGGAAUGGCAAAAGCUAAACUCAUCACUAGCGACUACCCUCGUUGACAUCCUCAAUCGCCAACUAACGACAACUCAAAGACCAUCCUUCAUCGGUCCCGUCGAAAUUUCUUCGCUUGACUUUGGUACCGUCCCUCCAGACGUCGAGCUCGUCGACCUUCGUGAUAUAUACCGCGAUUUCCUCGAAGACUCUGAUUCCGAUUCAAACUCUGAGCCAGACCAUGAGAAUGUGAAAGUGACAGAAAUCGCAGGGGACGAUGAGGAUGGGUUCGAGUGGGUGUCGAGAAAAGGCGCACGCCGGGGAACCGCAGAGGAAGGUCUGGCGUAUCAUCAUCUGCCACCACAUAUCCGCUAUGGACGCAGUCCAUCUGUAGAUCUGUUCGCAUCUACGCCGGCGUUGCAUGUCGGUUCGCCAAGAGACGUGUGGGGCGGAGGCGCGAUGCAUGUGAGCAUGCCUAGCUUGGGUGAAUUCAGGCCGACGACAAGCAGCGUGUCGAUGUCGAUGCCUUCGUUCGAGCAUGGCUCGGGGUAUGAAUCAUUGCUACGCGCGUCUACGACGCCUGAUAAGUCGUCGGCUUCUCCGUCUUCACGCCCGGAGCCGGCGUCAGAGCCAGCUCCAACUCCAACUCCAAGUCCUACCCCUUCACCCGACAAUCCAGAUCUGCAGCUUCAUCUCUAUCUUAAUUGGCAUUCCAAUCUUCGGCUCACGCUCACGACAUCUUUAUUGAUCAAUUACCCUUCCCCGUCGUUCAUGUCCCUUCCGAUCAAGCUCUCAGUGACAGGGCUGGUGUUCACAGGAGAGGUAGCAGUCGCAUACGAAGGUUCGCGUGGUCGAGUGCACCUAUGCGUACUCGACGAUUUGGACCCCUACGGCCCCGCAUGUAAACGUCCACGAAGCCAAACCAGCACCCCUCCUGAAAUGGACGAAGACAGCGGAAAACGUGAUGGAAAACCAUUGCCCAUUGGCCAACGUCUCCUCCCGUCUAUAUUGAUCGAGAGUGAGAUCGGCCAGGCGGACAAACACGUCCUAAAGAAUGUGACAAGGGUCGAGAGGUUUAUUCAGGAUGUGAUACGGAAUACGGUGGAGGAGGAACUUGUGUUCCCGAAUUUUCAUACGUUGAUCAUUGGUGACCAAGGACGCUCGUGAAAACGGUAAUGUAGUGUACAAUAAUAGUACUAGUGCAAUUGUAUAUGUUAUAGUAGUGAUUUGCUCAUGUAGGAACCGUCGAGCUCGUACCCAAGCUUGCGGUAAUAAUCUCGAAUACCGAGUCCCGACACCGU